AUGGGUAAAAAAGUAAAGAAGGAAGGAGAGCCUCCACCCAAGGAUGCAUUUGAUCCUUUAUUGAUUGAAAGCAAAACAGCAGCAACAGUUGUGUUAAUGCUUAGUUCUCCUGAAGAGGAAGUUUUGGCCAAAGCAUGUGAUUCUCUCUAUAAAUUUGCAUCAAAAGGUGAUGAAAACAAAGCAACACUUCUUGGUCUUGGUGCAGUGGAACAGCUGUAUAAACUCAUCUCGCAUGAUGAUCCAACUGUACGUAGAAAUGCCAUCAUGAUAUUUGGAAUCAUGGCUUCUAAUCAUGAUGUCAAGAAGUUACUGAGGGAACUGGAUGUCACACAUUCACUUAUAUCACACCUGGUGCCAGAAGAAGAUGUAGUUAUUCAUGAAUUUGCUACUCUCUGUCUUGCGUAUAUGGCUGUUGAAUAUACUACUAAAGUACAAAUAUUUGAGCAAGGUGGAUUAGAACCACUUAUCAGGCUGCUAGGUAGCCCUGAUCCUGAUGUUCAGAAGAAUUCAGUUGAAUGUAUCUACCUCCUGGUGCAGGAUUUUCAAAGCCGUGCUGCAGUUCGUGAACUGAACAUAAUUCCACCCUUGCUGGAACUACUAAAAUCUGAAUACCCAGUUAUUCAGUUGCUAGCUCUGAAAACCUUAGAAGUAAUUAGCAAAGACGGAGAAACCAGGAUAAUGCUGGCAGAAAAUAAAGGAUUAGAUUGUCUUCUGACGAUACUGGAAACCGAUGAAUUCAGUGAUCUACAUGUGGAAGCUCUUGCUGUGUUGGGAAAUUGUCUUGAAGAUGUGCAUACUCUGCAACUGAUUCAGCAGUCAGGAGGCCUUAAAAAGCUACUUUCAUUUGUAGGAGACUCUACCAUUCCCGAUAUUCAGAAGAAUGCAGCAAAGGCAAUUACCAAAGCAGCUUAUGACUCGGAAAACAGAAAUAUCUUACAUGAGGAAGAGGUUGAGAAGUGUCUCAUAAACCUUUUGGAAACUGAUAAUGAUGGAGUUAAAGUUGCUGUUUCCCAAGCAAUUUCUGCCAUGUGUGCGAAUUUAGCUAGCAAACGUGCAUUUGGACUCCAGGGGAUUCCCCAGCUAGUACAGUUGCUAAGCAGUGACAAUGAAGAGGUAAAAGAAGCUGCAGUGACAGUAUUAGUUAAUUUGACAGCAGCCAGUCCUAGUAAUGCAAGUGCUGUUGCUGAGGCUGAAGGAAUUGAGCCAUUAUUGAAUACCUUGUACACUCAGCGAGAUGGAGCCAUUGCUAAUGCUGCAACAGUUCUAACAAAUCUAGCCAUGCAAGAGCCAUUACGUGUAAAUAUCCAGAGCCAUGGUAUUAUGAGUGUGCUUGCAGAACCGUUGCGCUCAACCAACAGCCAAGUGCAAAGCAAAGCAGCAUUUGCUGUGGCUGUGUUUGGUUGUGAUGCUGAUGCAAGGACUGAGUUAAGAAAUGCAGGUGGACUGGGACCACUCGUUGAAUUGCUGCAUUCUAAAAAUGAAGAAGUCAGAAGAAAUGCCUGUUGGGCUGUUAUGAUCUGUGCAAGUGAUGAACUAACUGCUGUUGAACUAUGCAGGCUAGGUGCUUUAGAUAUCCUAGAAGAAAUUAAUCUAUCAAUAAGCCGCAAAAAUAACUUUAGUGAAGCUGCUCUGGAAAAGCUACUUGAUAACAACCUUUCCCAAAAGUACAGUCAGAUGGGAUAUUUAUCAUCAAAUAAUAUCAUUACUGAUGGAUUCUACGAUUGUGGUCAGAUAAAACCUGGAAUGAAAUUUUCAUCUCUGGAGGAAUUGAGUAUGCAAGCUCUAACUGACCGUCGGGCCACAAUCUUCAUUAAUGCUAAACCACAGGAAGAGCAAGCCAGGUUUGAUCUACUAAAGGAAAAGGCACACGAUUCAUCUCAUAAACAAACUAUCUUGUCACCUUCUAUUUCAAGAAAAAGCAGUAGAGAGAAAACAAGAAAAGGAAAGGGGAAAAAAGAAGAGGAAAAAUCAAAAGAAGAUAUUCAGAUUCUAUCUGCAGUCCAGGAUGAAAUAAAUCUACAAAAUACACAGUGGCUACCACCGCCUGACCUCAUUUUACUGGAUUACAUUAAUGAUGCUUUCAAAACAAUUUUACCACUAACUACUACAAGGGAACAGGUUGUGGCUCUUGCACAGUUUGUUGCAGACAAGAUGGGUGGCCCGAUUGAAAGAGACAAACUAUAUGACUUCAGCUGGGAACUUCACAUAAGCGAAAUACAAUUUGAACUGAAAUGCAACGUUGUGCCUAUCGGGAAAGUCAAAAAAGGGACAUUCUACCACAGGGCUUUACUUUUCAAGGCGAUAGCAGACAGAAUUGGCAUUGGCUGUAGUUUAGUUCGUGGCAAGUACAACAGAGCUUGGAAUGAAGUUAAAUUGGUUGAUGACUCUCCUCAAGGAAUAACUGGGCUUCUGCUUCCUCCUCGCGAGUAUAUUGUAGAUCUAAUGUUUGAGCCAGGCCAUUUGAUAAAAGAGGGCAGUGUGGAGGCAGAUCAGUACAAACAUAUUUAA